AUGGUCGAUGAAACACAGUUUACAGACAAGGCUUUGAGUCUUAUGGUCAAUGCCGAACAACUAGCAAGAGAUCACCAGCAUGCCCAGUUGCUUCCAAUCCAUUUGUUGGCAGCAUUUGUGGAGGUGCCUCAGGAUGGAGGUGCUGGUUAUUUGCAGAACCUAGUCGAGAAGGCUCGUUAUGAUUACGAUACAUUCAGAAGGGCUGUUAACAAAAGUUUAGUGCGGACACCUUCGCAAAUGCCACCGCCCUCUCAACUUUCGCAGGGACAUGGGUUUGCAAGUGUGAUCCAAAAUAUGCUCAAGAUUCAGAAACAACAGAAGGAUUCAUUUAUUGGUCAGGAUCAUAUGUUGUUUGCCUUGCUUGAGGAUUCUUCAGUUAUUCAAAUUUUUAAAGAAUGCUCAAUGGAGCCGGAUGUGAUUAAACAAAAGGCACUAGAGCUUAGGGGGAAUCAGAAGAUCGAUUCUCGCGCAGCAGACACAAGCCAGCCGUUGGAAUACUUAACCAAGUAUGCAAUUGAUAUGACCGAGCAGGCUAGUCUAGGGAAGUUGGACCCUGUUAUUGGUCGGGAGGAGGAGAUCAGGUCGACAAUCCGGGUCUUGGCUCGGAGGCUCAAGUCGAAUCCAUGUCUAAUUGGAGAGCCGGGCAUAGGUAAGACGGCGAUUAUUGAAGGUGUUGCACAGAGGAUAAUAGACAACGAUGUUCCUAAAAUAUUGCAAGGCUGCAAGUUAUUCUCGUUGGACCUUGCUGCUCUAACUGCCGGUGCGAAGUACAAGGGUGAUUUUGAGGAGCGGUUAAAGGGGGUUCUUAAGGGGGUGGAAGACUCAAAGAGCUCAAUUUUAUUGUUUAUCGACGAGAUCCAUAUGUUAAUGGGCAACGGUAAAGACGAUGCUGCCAAUAUAUUGAAGCCCGCACUCUCACGUGGUAAUUUGAAGGUGAUCGGAGCCACGACGAACAAUGAGUAUAGAUCGAUUGUCGAGAAGGAUGGAGCAUUUGAAAGAAGGUUCCAAAGGAUAGACGUAUUUGAGCCAACCGUGAGGCAGACAGUCGCCAUGCUAAGAGGGUUGCAAGGUAAAUACGAAAUCCACCAUGGUGUGAGAAUUCUUGACAGCGCACUAGUAACAGCAGCACAGCUAGCGAAGAGAUAUUUAACAUACAGAAGAUUACCCGAUUCCGCCAUAGAUUUGGUCGAUAUCUCAUGUGCAGGUGUAGCUGUAGCCCGUGACUCGAAGCCCGAAGAGCUAGAUUCGAAAGAGAGAGAAUUGCAGCUAUUACAAAUCGAAAUCAAUGCUUUGGAAAGGGAUAAAGACGCAGACCCCUCGACAAAGGAAAGAUUGCAACACGCCAAACAAAGGGAGCAAUCCAUUCAAGAGGAAUUGCAACCCUUGCGCCAACGCUACGAAGAGGAACGCCAGGGCCACGAAGAACUAACAAAGGCCAAGGCCAAACUAGACGAAUUGGAAAAUAAAGCGCUGGAUGCCGAGCGCCAUAGCGAUUACCAAACGGUAGCCGACCUAAGGUACUUUGCAAUACCAGACGUCAAGAGGCGGAUCGCAGCUCUAGAGCUUGAAGUAAGCGAAGAAGAACAGAAGGCAGGGCGAGACUUGAUGAUCCAAAACGUCGUCAACUCCGACACAAUAGCCGAAACAGCGGCAAGAUUAACGGGCAUCCCCGUCACCAAACUAACAGAAUCCGAGAAUGAAAAACUAAUCCAUAUGGAACGCACCCUCGCGAACCAAGUGGUAGGCCAAAUGGAAGCAAUCAAAGCUGUGUCAAAAGCAGUAAGACUAUCCCGCUCCGGCCUCUCAAACCCAAAACAACCUUCCUCAUUCCUUUUCCUAGGCUUAUCCGGCUCCGGUAAAACCGAAUUGGCAAGGAAACUAUCCGAAUUCCUCUUCAACGACCCAACCGCCAUGAUCAGAAUAGACUGCUCCGAACUCAGCGAAAAACACUCCGUCUCAAAACUACUAGGCACAACUGCAGGCUACAUCGGUUACGACGAAGGAGGCUUCCUAACAAACCAACUAAAAACAAAACCCUACUCCGUGCUACUAUUCGACGAAGUCGAAAAAGCCCACCCAGACGUCUUGACCGUCCUACUCCAGAUGUUGGACGACGGAAGAAUCACCAGCGGCCAAGGUAAAACAAUAGACUGCUCCAAUUCUAUAAUCAUCAUGACCUCCAAUUUGGGAGCAGAUUACAUAGCCGCCCAGCCCCGCCCGGAGAUACACGAAGACACCCGCCAGCUUGUCAUGGCCUGCGUGAAAGCUCACUUCAAGCCCGAGUUCCUCAACAGAAUAUCAAGCAUCGUGGUCUUCAACAGACUCUCCCACAAGGCCAUCCACAAAAUAAUAUCCAUCCGUCUAAAGGAACUAGAAACAAGAUUCCAGGAAAACGACAAAAACUACACACUACAGAUCACCCCUGACGCCUACCAAUUCUUGGCCAAGUAUGGCUACAGCGACAAUAUGGGAGCAAGACCAUUGAACAGACUAAUCCAGAAUGAAAUCCUAGACAAGCUAGCCUUGCGCAUACUAAAGGGCGAGAUUAAAGACAAGGAACCCGUAAGAAUAGUCCUUUCGAAAGAUAAAGACUCCCUUUCCGUCCUGCCAAACCACCCGCCCUCCGUAAACGACCCCGGGAAUGACGAAGAUAUGGACAUAGACGAAGAUCUCGAUCAGCCGGACCUGGGCCCCUCCUCCUACCCGGUACAAUAG